GAAACUAAAACGCGCAGCCGCCCAGCCCUAAAUCCUAACUUCCCCCUUCUGCGAUUUGUGCCGUUUCUCCAUUCUCCAACUCUCCGUCUCUCCCUCAGUCCCUCUUCGCGGUCGCCUACUGCCCUACUCCCAGCCACGCAGCCGACCAGCACACUAGCACAGCCGACCACCUCCGGUUCUCCACUUCUCCCAUCCCCCGUCACAGUACUGCAGUAGACAGCAGGUGUUCAUUACUUUUCUGACCUCACUGAACAAAAUUCGUGCAUACACCACUGUCAGUCACCCCAUACAAACUAGAGUGAGUAGGUAUUGAGCUGAAACGGUGAAGAAAAUGAGGGAAGAAGAAAUCGACAGGCUGAGAGGGGUGGUGAGGGACUGCAUGAGCAAGCACUUGUACUCGUCAGCAAUCUUCUUUGCCGAUAAAGUGGCGGCGAUAACGUCGGACCCCACAGACAUCUACAUGCAAGCGCAAGCUCUCUACCUCGGUGGACACUACCGUCGUGCAUUCCACCUCCUGAAUGCCUCCCAAAUUGUUCUCCGUGAUCUCCGGUUCCGCUAUCUUGCUGCUAAGUGCCUGGGGGAAUUGAAAGAGUGGGAUCAAUGUCAACUAGUUCUUGGUAAUGCAAAUGUGGAUGAACAUGGAAAUGUUACUGAACUUGGGGAUUGUAGUAGCAUGUACCUGGACAAGGAUGGUGAAGAUCGUGAAAUCAAUAUUUUGUCUGCAAUAUGCUUCUUGAGGGGCAAGGCAUCUGAAGCAUUGGAGAACCGUGCACAAGCUCGGCUAUGGUACAAAGCUGCCAUCAAAGCUGAUCCUUUGUGUUACGAGGCCUUGGCAUGCCUUGUAGAGAAUCAUAUGCUCACUUGUGAUGAAGAGGCAAGCCUACUCUCAUCAUUACAGUUUGGUGCUGAAGAUGGUUGGCUCUCUUCAUUCUAUUCUUGCUUGGUAAAGAAGUAUGAAAAAGAGAAUGUAGUGGAAGCGAAAUUUAGGGAACUGGAACAGGAUGGUCCAAGUAUAAAACCAUUAGACAAAUCCUUAUUGUGCACACUCAAGACGAAUACUGAUCUUUUGGCCUGCAAAGCUGAGUACUAUCAUCAGUGUUGUGAAUAUCAAAAAUGUUUUGAACUAACAUCCACAUUACUUGAGAAGGAUCCAUUCCAUCUUAAGAGUACCUUAGUGCAUUUGGCAGCUGCCAUGGAACUGGGGCACUCAAAUGAGCUGUAUGUCAUGGCAAGCAAUUUAGUCAAGGACUACCCUCAGCAGGCACUGUCAUGGUUUGCAGUUGGUUGUUACUACUAUUGUAUAAAGAAGUAUGAACAAGCACGCCGUUAUUUUAGUAAGGCGACUAGUUUAGAUGGAACAUUUGCUCCAGCUUGGAUAGGUUAUGGUAAUGCUUAUGCAGCCCGAGAAGAGGGAGACCAAGCAAUGUCUGCCUACCGUACUGCUGCUCGCUUAUUUCCUGGAUGCCAUUUGCCCACUCUAUACAUUGGAAUGGAGUACAUGCGAACCCACAGCUUCAAACUUGCUGAGCAGUUUUUUAUACAGGCAAAGACAAUAUGCCCCUUGGAUCCACUUGUAUACAAUGAACUCGGAGUGGUUGCUUAUCAUAUGAACGAGUAUAAAAAGGCUGUCCAUUGGUUUGAGAAGACAUUGGCUCACAUCCCAUCUAACCUGAGUGAGAUGUGGGAACCAACAAUCGUCAAUCUUGCUCAUGCAUUGAGAAAAUUAAAGAGGUACAACGAGGCAAUUACAUACUAUGAAAAAGCUCUUGCAUUGUCAACAAGAAGUUUAAGUACAUAUGCCGGACUUGCAUACACUUAUCACCUGCAGGAAAAGUUCUCCGCUGCAAUUACUUACUACCACAAGGCUUUAUGGCUCGAACCAGACGAUAAAUUCUGCACCGAGAUGUUGACUUUGGCUCUAGCGGAUGAAUGUCGAUAUGGCACCAUUCCAAGAAUUGAAUCUCACCAUAAUGAGCUAUUGAUUUAGAGGGCACACAAGAUGCAAAACUUCUGUGUUGUAGUUAUAACAAGUCGGUAUAUACCCAUUGCCCAUACCCCAUGAUCUGUAUGGAAGUAAAAAUCAUAAUUUGGGGGGUUCAAUUGCCCCAUCAGAUCAGCAUCUAAGUGUUUCGUGCGAAUGAUGAUUUAAAAGAAUCAUCUCCCAUUUUUGUAUCAGGUAUGGAGUACAUCUUGUUUGUGUAAUUGUACAAGGUUGUCUUGUUUUCAUUUUCCAAGUAUUGAUGUCUUGUGAGGCUGUAUCUUGUUGACUUUAUUACCAAGUUAUAGGACGUAUUUAUUUCCCAUUUAUCAUA